GUAAACUGGCCGUGAUAGACAGCAUAAAUGAGUUAGUGAUAGCUUUGUAUGUUUAUUAAACAUCGGUUUAUUUAACUACAGCGAAGUGUGUCGUGGACAAGACCAGUGAGCCUGAACGGUACUCUAAGAAAAUGCAAAAAACUACCUGAUCCCAAUUAAGUAUUCACUGGUGUCAACUGGUAUCCUUAAGAGGAAUGCUAAUUGGUAUCAGUAACAGUCAUUAGUUAUGCCAAUUCAAUAGAAAUAUGCAUCCUGUAAUUUAUCGUGCUGACGCGCUUCCUGUUAUUUAUCUUACACUGGCACUGAUAUCAAAUUAUGUUCUUUUGCAAAGUCUUUAUAAAUCAAGGUACAAUUACAAGUUUAUGGGAAGGAAUCGGCUGUUAGCGAUUACUUUUGUCUGGCAGUUGAUUUCCGGAGUGUCACAAAUGAUACUAAUAAUGUAUGGCAUUCGCUUAGAUGUAACUUGUAUGAUCUUUGAGAUAACCUUCCAGCUUGAGGAAUACCUGACAUUUUCCAACUUGAUUUUCAUCAACAUUUUAUUUCUUGGAAAGUUAUGCCAUUGUGUUUUGUUCGGAGAGGAAAAGCCAAGACGACGGCACGGUAGAAGUAAAUCAAGCCAGUUUAGAAAUGUGUUUAUUCUUUUAGGGGGCGUUUUGGUUACAGGACAGGGUAUAUUAUCUCUGUAUAUUUUAAGCAUGUCGAUACAGAUUUUUAGCUUUAAUUCAUGUUGGGUAUCAUCCCCACCAUCUUCAAUACUAACCCCCAAACUUAUCUUAUUUUGUUAUUCAUUUUGUGUUUUACUUAUUUUAAACCUCAUUCUAUGUACUAUCUGUCUCUUAGCUAAUCCAUUCACAUUAAUCGUCAUUGAUAAAAGUGGACAAUUUUAUAAACUGAAGCAACAAUUAGUUGUUCUAACCAUUCAAAAUAUAACACUGGUGUUAAUUUGUCUUCCCAUUUAUGUAUUUCAACAGUAUUCCAUCGAACAUAAAAACAGUCUAAUCUCUUAUUGGAUUUACCGAUCCAAGAUUGUGUUGCUUCCUUUUAUAUCGUGUUGGUUCCCGGAUUUGGACCAUUUUAAAUGUGGCUGUUCAGUUUUGUCAAACGAUGAUACUUAUUUAACUGCCAUUGAAAGAACGGAAGAGGAUGACUUGUUAGAUUUAUACAGAGAAUUGGGUCAAUUCCAUUAUCUGGAUUCAAGAGAUAUAUAUGAGAUUGUGGAGAAACACAAACGAGAAUCUCGCCAAACCGGAAGUUCGGCCAUUGAAAGGAUUUCGAUAUUGCGUAAAAGUAGCCAUUCGUUACAUAUUUAUGAGAAUGAUGAUGAAGAUUGGCUCGAUGAAUUAGAAUCUGAAGACAACUUGGAUGAAUAUUGUGAACAGACAAGUAUCCACACUGACAUUACCGAAAACAUUUAUGAAGUUGUCGAAACUAAAACCCCAAAUAACAAAAAGAAAUCGAAAUAUACUGAUAUCCAAGGUAUUAUAAGAGAAAUAUCCAUAAACAUUACACGUCUUAUCAACAACCGUUUUAAGAAAUAAGUGUAUAUUCCCAUUCCAUAUUAUAACUAUCAUAUGUCCAGUGUUUUUAUUAUCGAUGGUUGUCAGCUACCGGUGGUUGUGGCCGCGUGACGUAGCGCGUGCUUAGUAGAUCCAAAGGUCUCUCAUUUAUUUCAGUCACGAGUUCGACCAUCGCGUGUGUCUGACAAUACGAUGCCUCAUACCAUAGGGUCUUCUCCACUCUUUGUUUCCCUUAUUAUUAAAGAGCCAUGUGCGCAAGUGAAAUACAAUACAUCACAUGUUAGUCCCAAAAUGCCAUCUCAUGUUAUUAUUAAUGAACUAUCAUUUAAUAUGUAUAUUAGAAAGAUACUCCAAAUAAAAGUAAAAAUGCA